UUAUUAGCAAAACAAUUGUUUCUCUUCUCCCAAACAUUCUUUGCUCUGUUCUGUUCUUCAGCUUCCAUUUUCCCUCUCUCAAUUCACUUCACUCCAAUUCAAUUCAAAUCCAAAUUCUUCCACAUUUUCACCAUUAUCCUCUUCAUCUCGAUUCGUUCACUUUCAAUCUUUAAUUUUCCCGGGAAAUUUAAACUGCUAUGCAUCUCGCGGAUAGUUUCACCAAAUUGACGACCUAGGGUUUCUGCCCGGAGAUAAAUUCCCGCCGGAAUUCUGUUGGAAGAGACAUAAUCUCCGGCAAACAUGGCCACCAACUUGCAGAUGAGCCCUAAGGUGGAGCAGAUCCACGGCGAAAUCCGUGAUCACUUUCGAGCCCUAGCAAAUGGCUUCCAGAAGCUGGACAAGAUUAAAGAUUCCAAUAGACAAAGUAACCAGCUGGAAGAACUGACAGGGAAGAUGAGGGAGUGCAAAGGGUUGAUAAAAGAAUUUGAUCGUGAAAUUAAAGAUGAAGAUGGCAGAAAUCCCCCAGAAGUGAACAAGCAACUCAAUGAUGAAAAGCAAUCAAUGAUUAAGGAACUAAACUCAUAUGUGGCAUUGAGAAAAACGUAUAUGAGUACCAUUGGUAAUAAGAAAGUUGAACUUUUUGACAAGGGAGCGGGCCCAAGUGAAUCCAUGGCUGAAGAAAAUGUUCAAUUGGCAUCAGGAAUGUCAAAUCAAGAGCUUAUAAAUGCUGGGACGAAGACGAUGGAUGAAACUGAUCAGGCUAUAGAAAGAUCUAAGCAGGUUGUACAUCAAACAAUUGAAGUAGGUACCCAAACCGCCACCACCUUGAAAGGCCAAACCGAACAGAUGGGCCGUAUUGUUAAUGAGCUUGAUUCAAUUCAGUUCUCAAUUAAGAAGGCUACACAGCUUGUGAAGGAGAUCGGAAGACAGGUAGCUACUGAUAAGUGCAUCAUGCUUUUUCUGUUCCUUAUCGUCUGCGGUGUAAUUGCCAUUAUUAUUGUAAAGAUUGUGAAUCCACACAACAAAGAUAUUAGAGAUAUCCCAGGAUUGGCGCCUCCGGUUCCGUCCAGGAGGCUAUUGUAUGUAAGGACUGGAGAACAUUUUGAUUAAUUCUUGUAUCUUACAAGAGUUUUCUCAUUCUUGGUUAUCUUGGAUGAUAUAAAAGUUAGAGUAAUGCUUUAUGGGGGCAUCUUUUGGAUAUUUUCAAUUUUAAUUUACAAAUUUUCUUGCCCGAGUUUUGUAUAUCCUUGUUUAUGAUUCAAUGUAUAUCACACCGAGCACAGCGCCUUUUGUUUUUUUUAGUGGCUUGUUUUUUUAUUGAAAGAAGUGCGUUGUUUCUUCAUGCAACAUUUUGAACAUUGUUGUAGUCCUAGAAAGAAAGAAAGAACUACUAUAUUGUGGAUGGUGUACAUGACCCAUUCCAAAGAGGAUUGUUUUAUUUUCCUCUUUUAUGUAUGUAAUAACUCAAGCAUAUAUAAGACAAUUAGAUUUUUAUGCA